ACUCCGAUCAGCUGAGGUACAAUUAACGAGCCAGCUGUGGGAUAAAAGAGUACUUGUGAUUAUCUUUAAUACAAUUGAGAAAGUUUCUCACGGAAACUGUUUGUGGACCAAAAGUUUUUGAUUCAACAUUUGAGUGACAAUUGACAUAUUUUGAAACACUCGAUACUUCCACGGUUUAAAACGUACUCGAUACAUCGGUGAAUAACAAGACGAAGAAGAAAUCCAAAAAAAUGUCGAUUGGACCAAGGACUCUGGGGUUAACAAAGAUAACCCGAAAACUUCGUCAACGCAUCAAUGAGCAUCACGCAAAGCAAGAAAUUCUCAGAGCCACCAAGGAGCGGAAACGAAGAGUACGAUCGGAAGUGCAUACGAAGAUGUUGAAGAUCGGUUUCCUUGGCGGUGGCAAGAUGGCUCAAGCCCUUGCCAAAGGUUUCAUCAAGGCUGGAUUAAGUGAAGGAGAAAAAAUGCUGGCGAGUUGUCUGCCGAAUGACACCGGGAGUAUCGAUGCCUUUAAAGAAAUCGGAUCGAAUACGGUCUUCUCGAAUGGACCCGUAGCAGAACACGGUGACAUAUUAAUUCUUUCCGUGAAGCCACAAAUAGUUCCUAAGGUUCUACCAGAACUGAAGGAUCACCGAAAGUUAAUACUUUCAAUCGCCAUGGGCAUUUCUUUAGCUUCGUUGGAAAAGGGUUUGCCGCCAGGGACGCCGGUAAUCAGAGUAAUGCCAAACACUCCCGCACUUGUAGGCUGUGGCGCCACUGUUUACGCACGCGGUAAACAUGCUGGUGACGAUGAAGCUCAAAUUGCCGAAAAAUUAUUUUCUGCUGUCGGACUUUGCGAGGAAGUUAGCGAAAGUAUGAUAGAUCCCGUUACAGCUCUCGCGGGAUCUGGUCCGGCAUAUGUAUAUAUGAUGAUUGAGGCUUUGGCUGAUGGGGCAGUGAAAAUGGGUCUCAUGAGGUCGAUCGCAUACAGAUUAGCUGCACAAACAGUUCUUGGGGCGGGAACGAUGGUUCGAGAUACACAAAUUCAUCCUGGACAACUGAAAGAUGAUGUAGCUUCUCCUGCAGGAUCUACCAUUACUGGAAUCCAUCAUCUGGAGAAACACGGUUUAAGAUCUGCUAUUAUGGGCGCCGUAGAAGCUGCAACGUUACGUUGUCAGGAAGUUAGUUCACUUGAGGAUGAGAAAUAAUGAUUGCAACUAGAAUGACGUUGGAAAUAGACAUUCAGUUAGAAAACUUUGACAAUAUAGAUAGAUUUGAAUUUUAUAUAAAUUAUAUCACAAUGGAUUGUACAAAGAUUGGAUUGUACAAUGGAUUGUACUAGCUGAAAAUGGCAUCUUGUCGAUUUUUAUAUUCAAAACGUAAUUUACACGACGUGAGAAACGGUUGAUGAAUUUUCGAGGAUUUAUUUUAGAACCGAACUCUCAAAUCUCUUCAAUUUUAUAGAAUAAUUUAUAAU